GCGCUGAUCGCUGCGCUGCCAUUCAAAGUGUAGCAGCUGAUCCGAGCGCACCCGUGCCCGUGUCGCUGCCCCGCCCCGCCGCGCCGCGCAACCGCUACAGCCGCCACAGCCCGGCACGCAAGGAGUCGGUCCCGGUGUGAGUCUAGGAGCAGGCGCGCGUGCCCGUGGAUUACCUACGUCGCUCUGCUCCCCUGUGUCUCGCCGCCCCGACGACCCUUGCCCGUGUGCACCGCGGCGCAGUCGUGCAGUGCGACUAUGAGUUCUUUGUGCCGCGCCCGGUGCGUGAGCUGCGCGAGUGCGACCCGUGACCCGGUGGGACCUGGAGACGCGCAGAGCCCCGCUCAGAGCCGGCGGGACAGGCCGAUAGGACAGCCCAUAGGACAGCAGCUCGUGUUGUGUCCCUGGCGCCGGUGCUGCCCAGAGUGAGGCCUGCCGCCCCCCAGCUAGAGGCCCUCCCCGAUAGACUCAGUGUUUUGCGUGUGUCCCAGUGCGCGGCGUGACACGCGGAGGUGACCGCCCGCCCCCCACGAGUCUUAAUUUUCCAGUGUGGAACAAACCGUGUCGUGAAAUCGUGUGAAAGUGUCGUUCCCCCGGGAACCUAGUGUGCUCGGCCGUCGCGCCCUGCUGUUCAAAGCGCCCGCGCCGGCCGGCGACAGGCAGGCGGAGGCCCCGGAGCGCCCCGGCGCGACCGCGACCCCGAGCGCCGCCCCCGUCAGGGCCGGCGUGAUCGUCUCGGGCCGCGCCGCCGCGCCGCCGCUGCCGCUCAGGCGCCGGCGCCAGUGGAAGGCGACGCACGCUGCCCCGCACCAGCGCCGGCACCUUCCCUACAGCACCAUGUCGACGGGCAAGAGGCUGGCCAAGCGCUCCAUCAUCGGCACGCGCGUGUGCGCGCCGGGUGACGACGGCAAGUACUACGCCGGCGUCAUCCACGCCGUCAAGACGCCCGCCGCCGUGCUCCCCGGUGGCGCGGUGGGAGGCGGCGGCCCCGGCCAGGGCGGCCAGGGCCCCGGCGACGAGACCCGCUACUCGGUCCGCUUCGACACGGCCACGUCCUCCAAGCAGCAGCGCCUCACCUUCCGCCGCGAGUUCCGCGAGUCGGAGCUCAUCGGGCCCGGCUUCCGCAGCGUGACGGGCUGCCACCUGCAGCCGGGCCAGCGCGCCUACCUCACCUUCAACGGCCGGGAGGUUGCCGGCGAGGUGCGCUCCCACGACACCGCGCGCGACGAGGUGACCGUCACCAUCUGGCCGCCUGGACACGAGGUGCGUACGGCGCUGCUGCUCCACGAGGCCUCGAUGGAUCUCAAGAAGCGCCUGGACGAAGUGCGCCUCCUGGAGUCCAGGAAGUCAGCCCGCCUCGCCGACUCGGACACAGACUUCGCGCGGCUGGCGGACAUGGGCUCCGGCUCGGAGAGGAAGAGGGCGUCCUCACACAGCAUCGACGUCCCGGCAGUGCAAGGGUCGCGCAAGCGGCGGCCCAGCUCCUCGCAGGACGAGGGCGUGGACAGCGGGCUGGGCCUCGGCCUCGGCCUGGGCGACCCCCGGGGGAUGAUGGACGAGUGCACGGCCGCCCUGGUCCUCAUGAGCCUCUCGUGCAGCCCGCACUCGCCCGGCGUCAACUCUGGUGUGUCCUGGUCCGAGAGGCUGUCGCCGUCGCCGUCCUCGGACGCCUGCUCCUGGCGGUCCGGGACCCCCUCGCCGCCGUUGUCUGAGCCCGGCUCCUGCUACUGGGCACAGGGCACCACGGACGAGGGCAUUGUCAUCGACCACUUCGACGACAUCCCCAAGAAAAAGAAGGCGACCCGGAUGGUGUUCCAGUGCACGUGGCCCGGAUGUCUGUACCUCACCACGACGUGCGCAUCCAUCGAGAGCCAUGUGCGCAACUCGCACCUCGGGCCGCGGACCGCCAGCGGCGGCCCGGCUCCAGGUGCCGACGGGGAGGACGGCGAGGACAUGAGCGACCACGAGGAAGAGUUCUACUACACCGAGGUGGAGCUCGGGCUGCACACGUCGUCGCCGCCCACCCUGUCGCACCGGGACAUGGCGCGCCCUCCGCACGAAGACCCCGAGUACCAGAAGCAGCUCGCCAACGCCGCGGUGCUCAAGGGCUCGUUCGCCCUGAGCAGCAGCCCCGGCGUGGCCUCGGUGGCGUCCAGCGGGCUGGGCUCGAGCGCCGCAUCCAACUCGAGCAGCUCGUCGUCGGUGAGCAGCAACUCCUCGCUGGGCUCGGCGGCGGGCUCGGCGCACUGCGCGUCCCCGGCGGCGCUCAUCCACAUUCCUGCCCAGCUGCCGCCCUGGUCCAGCUCGGCCUCAGCGGCCACCUCACCCGUCAGCAUAAAGACGUCCCCGCUGAAGCACCUCAAGCUGUCCCCGCGCUCGGGCAGCUGUCCCUACCAGCCGGUGCUGUCCGUGUCCGCGCCGGGCACGGCGUACAAGGUGCCCGGGUCCCCGACGCGCAAGGUGCGCGGCGACACCAAGAAGUGCCGGAAGGUGUACGGCAUGGAGCACCGGGACCAGUGGUGCACGCAGUGCAAGUGGAAGAAGGCGUGCACGCGCUUUGGCGACUAGGCUUGCCCGUGCCUUCCCUCCUGCCCGCCGUGCUCUGCAGGGCAUGCCCCACGGCGGCCCCCGUCGCUAGCCUCUUCUAAGAGACCUCCGGCACGUCGGGGUCUUCUUGAGCGGGGUUGUUGACGAUGGGGCCGCCCUGACCGCCCCGGUGUUGGUGAGGGUGCGCUCGGCCGCGGCGGUGUUCCGGUGCUAGCCCGUACCGGCCCCGCCCCGCCCCGCCCUCACGCCGUGCCCGUCAGCCCCGGAGCCAUGCUGAACUCACUGCCCACAGCCUCGGCCUCGGUCCCCCAGGCUGGAUAGAGAAGAUGUUGUACCGGCCACCUUAUUCAUGCCCGGCCACGCGCCUCGCCCCCUUCGACCAGUGUCACCUGCCAAUCACAUACGAUGGACAGUGUAUCGAGCCACCGACAUCCACAUGAAGAUCCAUCAUCAUCAUUUUAGCCAGCGCCGUUCCAUAUUUUUAAUUUUUAAAGGCGGACAAUUUUUACCAUUUGUUUGUUUCAAAUUUUUGAUUGUUUUUAUUUUUGUGUUUCUGUCUUGAUAUUUUUUAUUCACCAUGGAUGGGUGAAAGGUCUCAUUAUUUAUUAUUGUUGAUUGAUUGAUGACAUGUACCUUCAGAGAAUGUAAUGGGCUUUCAAUGGUACUUUAGCGUUCAUGUUAAAAACCAAUCUCAUUCUGUGCUAAAAUCAGUUUUCAGAUUUUAAUUUUUUUACAAGAUGAAAGUAUAUUUUAUAAGUACCUACUUGGGAACAUAAUCAGACCUAUUCUAUUUCGAAGUAUAUUUUUAUAAUGAUUAUAUUCCAAGCAAUUCUACUGUGUGUUGGUACUGACUUGGUCCUUUUGAGCUAAGAGCGCCGUCUUCCAGCGGCUGAGUGACAAUCCUAAUCUGGCAACAGGUCUCAUUCAUGACCUCGACAUUGGCAUUAAAAGUCUGAUAGAGAUCUAAGUAUCGCAGGAUAUCGAAAACCAUGCGAUAAAGUCUAGGCUUUUAUUCCUCUGCCAGAGAGAGUAAGUGUGACACAAGGCUUUCAUAAAUUCCCAAUCAUGGGAUGCCUGUCACACAUUCUCUGUGACUACAGCAAUAAUAUGCAUGUGAUCUGAACAAAGCAAAGAUGACAAGCAAAUUGAAGAAAUCAAGGCUACUUCAUUGUAUCGGCAAUACCUUUACAUAGCCUUAAUAUUUCUGAUCUGUGACCUUUGCUUUGAAUUUAUGUGUUAUGAUCUCUUGAUCAUGUUUCAACGGACAGUGCCAACUUGCAGCUCAAAACCAGGCUAGCUGCAAAUAGCAGAUGUGCUAUACUUGUCCGUACUGAAUUAAUUUUUGCAAACAAUCUUAUUAACCGAGUCUUAAAUUUAAACAUUCUGGCCUCUGUUUUAUCAAAUGUACAUUCCCAUUUACUCUUCUUUAAGAGGGAAAGUAAUCUUACUGAUUGCUGUUGACUGCAUAGGUAAUAUUGGAUUUAUCAACUGGUUUGAUCCAACAUGCCUGUUCUUUCAUUAUCAGAUCCCAGUUACAUUUGUACUUACAUCAAAUCUACUAGUCACCUCACAAACCAUGCUGUUUUUUGUUUUGUUUUUUUCAGAAAAACUAAAACCCAGAAAAAUAUAGUGUCAAGAAAAAUAUUUCUUAGGGUAUCCGGCCCAUUUUGGCUCAUAUACUAGUCAAAGCCUCGCUCUGAUUCAUUGAAUCCAAUUUGAAUGACACUUUAUGUCUAGUAGGAGGAACAGAAUCAGAGGAAUUGUAAAUACUCGCAAUGCAACUCAAUCAACAGUUACCUUUUAUUUUUAUCUACAAGUGAUUUAUUCUGUAUGAAAUUUUUAUAGUGUAUGUGCAGCAAGAGUUGGAGCAGGAGAAUUAUUGGUGUUCAAAUUUCAAGUGAUAACCACAUAGCUGUUCAUUUGCUAAUUUUGCCGAGAGUCAUUUAUGACGAUUCAGUACAGGUUGUGAUUUUUUCCUCCCCUUUGUGUUUCCAAAAGUCCUUCUUAAAUUGUUGCAUUGAAUUUUUAACCAAAAUAUCGUGAGGUGAAAGGCUCUCUUCUUUUCUCUUAAGUAUGAUUCGGCAAUUGCUGUUAUCGAACUAAAUAUGGGUUUUAAAAGAUCUCAUAAUUUAUGAUUUACUACAUAAAGCUGCAAAAUCUUUGUGCAGUGCUUGUGGAGUUUAUUCAAAAAGAUUUGUGCUUUGUUUAUGUAACUCUUGGGAUAUAUUACACAGGGGCAGCUAUCUCAAGUGUAACUAUUGACACCCUUUCAACUUUCAUUGUUGUUUUUGACUCAGCUGCCAUUAUAUUUUUAUGAAUACCAUUCUGCAAGGUAGUCAGUGUCUUUAUGAAAGCAUUUUAAACGGUUUAUUAUAUGUUAUGUUAUUGUUUGUUAAUUAAACUAUCUUAGUUUUGUUUGAUGUUCUCAGAACAGAGUUGUGCGCAUCUUUUGAAGUGCUGGUAGCUUCUGUAUUGUAUGUAGUGCUCAGGGGUAAUGGCAGUUGAGUCAGAGAAAGUGCCUAUGUUCACUAACUGUGCCGAUAGUUGAUAUUGUAAGUAUUAUGAGCCAGGUAAUGCACACUUGCUCUAAGUGAAAGGAUAUGUAUUGUUCCUAGGAGCGCUGGAAGCUUCUCAGGGAGUAGGCUAUGAUACAUGAAAGGGUGUCAAAUUUUGUCACAAGUCAACCGUACAACAAUGUUCAUUGUGCAAAUGCAAUCUUCAUCAAUCAGGGUUUCACCAGCAGAAAAUUAGUUGAUUGCUUUUUUUUCUUUUUAAAGACUCGAAGUAAAGAUGGAGGAUAACAAAUGAAUUUUUGUGGCAUGAAAUACAAUUUAAGGUACGCCCUGUGAAAAGAGCCCUCUUUGUUUGCAAUGCGCUACCCCAACGAAAGUAUUACACUGUACGGGGUUGUCCCUGAAUAGUAUCAUUUUUAUCAUGAAACACCUUUAUUUCACUUCUUAGCUUUAAGUUUAUUACCACGUCAUAAUAUUAUUAAAUCUUUAAUAUAUUUGUUACAUAUAUAAAUAUAUAUUAUAAAUGCGUCUAUAUAUAUUGAUAUUUUAGCUACAGAUUAGGUCUGUGAUGAGUGACCAUUGUACAGUGUAAAAUUUAUCAGAGAGGUAAUAUAUAUAUAUAUACAUAUGCAUGUGUGGGGUGUGCAAGAUUGAUGACCUUGAUAGUCUGGUAAAUUGUUUCUUCAAGGAGAAAAUCUACUUUUCAUGCUGAUUUCCCCAAAGUGUCACUAAUUUACCAAUUCAAUGAUGCCUUGUUCCAUUCAGAAUCUAAAACGGGAAGUUGUUGAGCUCGCAGACUCCUUAUAUGUAUAAUUUACAUAGAAAAAACUAUAUGUAUGUUGAGAAAGGUAUAUAUCCACACACAAAUGUGUAUAUAUGUAUUUAUAUAUACAUAUAUAGAAUGUGUGAAUGUGUUGAUAAAGAUUAUAUAACAUAGCCA